CCUAUUAUAGCUAUCAACUAUCAACUAGAUACUUGAUACAUAACAAUAUUUUUGAUGCAUUGGUAUUAUGGCUAUCAACUAUCAACUUUGUUGAUGAACUGUGAAUUUUAUCAUUAUUGUGAAUGAUUUUUUGAGAUUACUUGGUAUUACGGAUAUCAGAAAAAUAGAUACACAUCAAUUAUCAUAUCAACCACAAAUUCUUGGUUGAUACGUCUCAAAUAAAUUUAGAAAAAAUUAUAAAAGGUACGUUUUUUUCAUUCUCUCCAUAGAAUAAAAUAUAAAUUUAAAGAAACAGCGAUUUGUACGCAUUUUUUUUUUUUAAAUUACUUUUUAUUGACGAUUUUUAAUUCGGUUGCUUUAGGAAUAUUUUCGCAUGCAAACAAAAAACUUAUAUUUCAGGAUUUUCAAAGGCAAAAAAAAAUUUAAGAAAUUAUAUUAUGAUUUCGACGGAAUUGUUUUUUGAAGGGAGUUAUGAUGAAGUUAACGCAAGUCAGCAGCUCAAAAUACGCAGAGCAUUACGUGAUUCUUCCAACCCAAUGGAUUUGGACGAACACAUAUUCAUUCAAAACUUCAGGCUUUCCAAACAAGCCUUCCUGGAGGUGUUAAACGAUAUUGGGGAAAAACUUAAACCGAUCAAAAGCCAGCAGUCCAUUCCAAAUGUACUAAAACUAGCAGCGGUUUUAAAAUUCUUUGCCCAAGGAAGUUACCAAUUGAGCGUAGGAAACGACUUUAAUAUUGGUAUGGCACAACCAACAGUGUCAGUCGUUCUUAGUGAACUGCUUGGUGUAUUGGAGAAUUAUAUUUGUCCAAAAUGGAUUAAAUUUCCAUACUCCCAAGAAGAAGAACGUAGGGCUAAAAUUUAUUUUUUCGAAAAAUGUGGCAUUCCAAAUGUAGUCGGAGCUGUUGAUGGAACGCACGUUAAAAUUCUCGGACCGAAAAAGGAUCUUCGGCAUGUUUAUUAUAAUAGAAAAGGCUAUUAUAGUAUAAAUGCUAUGCUUGUACGUUUUGUUUCACCAUAUCAUGUUACCGCAUAA